AUGUGGAAACUUCGCAAAUGUGUUUAUGGUCUCUUAGAUGCCUCUCUUAAAUGGUAUCAGCAUGUCAAAAAUACCAUUUCAACACUUGGAGGGAAGGUGUCCCAUGUUGACCCAGCCCUUUUUACAUGGCAUAAAGAGAGUGUGCUAAUUGGGAUGAUAGCUGUUCAUACUGCUGCCACCUUAUUUGAUCGUUCUGAAGUUGAGAAAAUUCUUUCUUCAAAAGAACGAGAUGUUCUACAAUCUGAAAUUGGACAACUCUUGUGGGUAAGCAAUCAAACUCGACCAGACAUCAGCUUUAACGUAUCAAAUCUUGCAGUCAAUAUGGAAAAAUCAACAUCCAAAGACAUUGUCGCGCUCAACAAAGUCAUUAGAAAACUUAAAAAUGAUUUCUACGCUAUGACCUUCAAACAACUUCAGAAUCCCAUCAAAAUUAUUGUCUAUACAGAUGCGGCAUUUGGCAACCUGCCUGCUGGUGGAAGUCAAGGUGCUUAUCUCAUUUUCCUUGCUGAUGAAAACAACAGUUGUAUGGCAAUCAAAACAUCUCAAACGAAUUGUCAGAAGCUCGCUUGCUGCUGA